GGUUUGUAGAACAUGCCGGUUUUUCUAUUUCUAUUCUAGGUAUAGUUAGGGGCAAAUCAACGAUCUCUAGCAAAGAUUGAGAUGUCUAAACGAAUGAGAUGUAAACUUAAGUGAUUACAAAUAUUUUCUUUUCUUAUUUUCGUUUAUUUUGUCAUUUUUUUUAGGCACAAAUUUUCAAAAAAUGCACGAGGAAUUGGAGAGAGAAAGCAAUUGUAGUUAUGGUGAUGCAUAAAUAAGAACCAUAAGAGAGAGAGAGAUACCAAUUGUAGAUACGGUUAUGCAUAAAUAAGAACCAUAGGGCUGCAUAGCCAAGUUGUGAGGGGUGAAGUGUGAACACACUCCCGGAGAGUGAGAGGCCUCAUUUGAAGGUAAAUCCUGAAACCCCUUACCAUUCCUAUCCCUUUUCAUUCUCCUCCAAAAUCGGUGAGAGAGAGAGUGAGUGAGACCGAUUGAAGUCGAAGGCCUUAGAGUCUUCACUGAGAGGAUCAAACCAGUAACUCAAGGUAGGUUUCCCACCAUGAGGCGCCAGGAAUCAUCUUCUCGGAGGAACGAAACCCAUGUCCGGAGCUCUGGGCAGUGCACCCGAAGAAAGUGCGUUCGAUACGCAGAGUGCCAGAAGAACCACGCCGCUAAUAUCGGUGGCUAUGCCCUAGAUGGUUGCAGAGAAUUCAUGGCUAGUGGUGAAGAAGGCACAAGUGAAGCCCUAAAAUGUGCAGCUUGUGGCUGCCACAGAAACUUUCACAAGAGAGAAGAAGAGGGAGUGGGUAUUUGUGAAUGCCCUCCAAGCUCCACAACAAGAUAAAUUAGGGUUUCUCCAAACCCUAGAAAUCCCUAAACUCCCUCUAAGUAAGAAAAUCCUAGUGUUUGAUUUUGACUUUUCAUGUUGGGUUAGAUGAAAAAUCUUAUUUUGAAAAAAAAAAUUCUUGAUUUGCAUUACUAUGUUUAGCGUGGUGCUUGUAUAUUCAUCACAGUUGUGUUUUAGGUAAAAUAGAGAGAUCGGGUAGUUUUUGUUUUUUUUUAAAUAUUUUGAGCUUAGUUAUGUGAAUAUGAACAAAAUAUGUGAAGCUUCAUUGUUGUGAUUCGAUAAAGGAGAUGGAUUUGCUUCUCUAAA